AUGGGAGGUCCUCCUGAGGGCAUUAAGGAAGCUGAAGAAUGUCCUAAAAAUGCGGACAACUGUCGUUUCAGCCCUGUGCACUACAGCUAUUUAGAAGAAGCAGAUAGACAUUGCAAUAAUGCAUAUCCUAUGCCUUUGAGAGGAAGUAUAGGUACACUGUUUCAGUCUGACAACAGAAACUUCUUGAAACUUGUUGAAUUAUUCGGAAAGUUUGACUCUGUGAUGAUGGAGCACCUGCACGGAACAAAGCAAGAUGAGAACAAGGGUCAUCAUUAUCUUGAGAAAGAAUCACAGAAUGAAAUAACUCAUCUUAUUGGAUCAUCUAUAACCAACAACAUUCUAUUAAUGAUGAAAUCUGCAAAGUAUUACAGUAUAAUUCUGGAUUGCACACCAGAUAUUUCAAAAUUUGAGCAGACGACAGUUGUGGUCAUACUCAAGUUCUUGGAAGAUAAAAAAAUCCUAUUGUUGAAAAGCUUGAAUGACUUCUCCUUCUCGGUUCUAUGUUGGGAUGUCUUGAAGUAUCUGCCUAACCUGUCGCUGAAGCCACUGAGCGAUACUAGGUCGGAAAGUCGCAUCGAUGCACUUAUUCCCCAGAGGUUUCAGAUUGGAGGAGUUUAUGAUGCACUGGUUCAGAUAUCAGAAGAAUUCGAUGAACGGAAGAAAAGUUUGUGUCUCUUUGACGGAUUCCAAAGAAUCAGCUACAGAAUUAGAGUGAGAAGAUCUAACGUUAACACGGAUGUUUCCUCACAAUGGAGUAAGAAGCCAAUACUCUUUACCUAUGAAGGAAGGGAUGAGACAAUAGAUGACCCAACAAAACAUUACAAGAUUGAAUUCUACUAUUAUAUUUUAGAUAUAGUAACCACAUAUUUGGAUGAGAGAUUCAAUCAACUGAAAUCUCAUUGCUAUUUUGAUUUUAUCUAUGACAUUGGCAAGCUGAAGAAUGCACCUCCUGACAGCCUUGACACAAAGUGUAGAAACCUCUCAGCAAUUUUUCAAGAUCAUGAGUCAAGCAACAUUAAUGCACUGGAGUUGAGGGAAGAACUAAAAGUGCUUUCAACAGCAUUGAAACCUAGAAUAUGUCCAAAAGAGACUCUGAAGUCUAUGGGAAGACAUAAUUUUUGCCCUAAUGUUAACACUGCUCUGAGAAUUCUCCUAACACUCACUGUGACAGCUGCAAGUAGAGAGAGGAGUUUCUCAAAACUGAAAUUGAUAAAUACAUACCGGUUCCUCUGA